AUGAGCGCAAGCACAGCCCUCGCUUCGGCCUCUAAGCUCGGCGAUCUGCUAGCCCAGCUCCCCCUCAAUACCCCAAACCAAUGGCCAGAGAUCGAACACACCGCUCAGAGCCUCGCCAACGAUCUCCGUAGCAAGGAUGUUGAACAACAGACCGCGCUCGGACAGACCCUGCUUCCCCAAACCCUUACCUCUCUCCUCAAGAGUACGCUCAACGAUUCUCAGGGCUCUGGGGCGGUCUGCAAGCCAGCUAUUUUUGAGCUUCUGCGCGUCGCUGCGAAUCUAUGUAUGGAUCAUGACGAGAACAGGGGCUAUCUGCUAGAGGCUGGCUUCCCUCAGACAGUUCUCAACCUGCUCGAGAGUUAUGCAGAGUCUGUACAGCCUGCGCAGCUGGAGCCCUAUGGUAUCUCUAUACCCGAUCUCAAGAUUGUCAAGACUGCCAUAGGAUUCCUUCUGAACGCGAGCGUGGGGUAUGAUCCCGUGAAGGAUCGAUUGAUCUCCUUGGAGGCUGCUCUGACCAUCUUGAAGCUUUCUGCUCAUCUAUACCCUGUCGGCUCAUGGGCGCGUUCAAACACGUCUCCCGCAGAUGCGGCGGACUUUGGGGAAGCAUGGACCCUGCGCAGCACACUAGCAUCAUGGUCAUGGCGGGCGAUCGACGAGUUGCGUGGCGACGAGGAAAACCAACCGCCCCGGGUCGUGUUCGGGCAGGACGCGCUGCCGCUACUCGUAACCCAACUAAGAGCUUUCAUACCACCAUACCCUACACCGCCGCCACGAUUCGCGACACCAGCAUCCCGGCGAAGCCUCGUGCAAGCAGACUUCGACGUCUACGAGCAAGUUUGUGGUCUCAUCGAAUCUCUAUGCAUUGACGUAGAAGAUGUUCGCCUCUCCCUUGCGCGCGGCCUGACCUUCCCUGACGGAGAGCACGGAGGCGUCGCGUGUCUGUCGGAUCUACUGACCUUCGUCGACAAGGGCGACUACCCGCCGUACUGGACGCCUGAGGAGCGCCCAUCAAAGGAGAAAGGGUUCGAUCUCGGCAAGGGUGCCAUUGUGAAGGCAAUUGUGGAGGUUGCUGGCGAGGAGAAGAACACGGAUACCCUUUGGGAUGACUCGGAAGCGGACAAGCCGGGAGGAGAGUUCGUGAGCCGGAUGGUGGGAUGGAUUCGCGCGCACAAGGGUCUCAAGGAGACCAACAGGGACGACUUGAUCAUAUGCGCUACGCUCAGUCUCGGGAACAUUUGUCGGCGAGACGCUCAUUCGACAGCGAUCGUCAAGACACCUAUUUCUCUGGCGCCCGAUCUCGCCAGGUUGCUUGAGCCUGACACCGAUAUCAAGGUGAAGCAUGGCGUUAUUGGGCUCCUCAAACACCUGGCACAGUCGCAAGGCUGCAGGGCUGCCCUCGGCGCGGCCGGAAUCAUCCAGAGGCUUGGAAGCUCGCAGAUCUGGAGCGACAGGGCAGACAUGGUCGAGAUCAUCCAGGUCGCAGCUAUCGGCGUCGCGAAACACAUGUGUAGUGGUGAUAUUGACAACACCUUCUCUCUCGUCCUCCCGGACGAACCCGGGUCUCCACUGAGGCAAAUUCUUGACCUCGUGAAGCGCUCGGACUCCAUUGCCGUCAAGAGCGAGGGCACACGCGCACUCGUUAAUGCGGUGAAGAGCUUGUGGCAGACCGAUCCGAAGACCCUCGACGAGGGCCGGGCUAAGAAGCGGGAAGCCACCAUUGCCGCAAUCGUGACGGAGCCGUGUGUAUCCGCGCUCGCCGGGCUGAUCGGCAGGAGCAAGAGGUAUCCUACCCUCGUCAAUGAGGGUACCGUGGCUCUGUCGCUGAUCAGCACGCACGCAAAUGGAGGCACGUUGGUAUUGGACUCCAUUCUCAAUCCCCUACCGUCGGAAGCAGUACGGACGACGUCCCAGCCGUUAUCCGCUGUCUCGGUCACUGAAGGGUCUCCGGUGGUGGGGCCUAGACGUGCUUUGGACAUGCUCAUUAGCACGCUGCGCGAGGGCAGCGCACCCAACGUUCCGCCGGAGGUCCGUUCGAAUGUGUGCGCCCUGCUCGGACACUUGGGCCGGAAGGGAGUCGUUGCGGAGAGCAGGGCGACUGAUGUGCAGCAGAUGAAGGAGAGCACCCGUGAGCUGCUCGAGGCGCUGGCGAAGGAGGAUGGACCUCAGGGCAACCCGAAGGUUGCGGUGGCUGCGAAGCGUGCCUUGGAGGCCUGGGCAUGAAAUGAAUUCUUGGAUAGACCCAGAUUUCUCGGAUAACUUGUGCACGUUUAUGUGCUUCCGCGUACGUUGCUCGGUGCUGCGUAUUAUCUCUGUGGUAGUUGCUCGCUCGUACUCCUUGCUUGUCUCCCGAUUGUUUGUAGUGCUAUGGCUGCUGUUUGUAGAAGCUCCGUCUGCUAGACCGCACGUCACAUUGUUCUCAACCGCCCUUUGGGCUUCAGGCAGUCCUUAC